GUAUCAAGGAAGGAAUGUUCUCAAUAUUAUUCUUAUCCCCUGAGUCAGUAAGAUCAAAAUUCUGGAGAGAGAUAUUCCUUAGUAGUAGUAUGCAGAAGAAAGUUUGUUUGUUGGCCUGUGAUGAGGCCCAUUGCAUAUCUGAAUGGGGAGAAGAUUUCAGACCAGCAUAUAAGGAUGUUUUACACUUGCGAAGCAUGUUUGUUGAUGUUCCAGUUCUUGGAGUAACAGCAACCUGCGAUGAAAAGGUCCGUAAAGACAUUUUCACAUCAUUGGCUUUUGAUGAUGAAUCUUUAACAGUGGCUGUGGUCCCUGACAGACCUAACAUAUACCUCGACAUUAGGGAAUCCAAACAGGAUCAUGAAAAGGAAUUACAAUGGCUUUUGGACUACCUAUUGAGAGACACCAUUUGUUUAAAGAAAAUAAUUGUGUAUUGCAGGUCUGUGACUUCAACUGCUACUCUCUACAAUCACGUAAAAGACCAUCUACUUCUGCAGAAAAAAUCUGUACAAAUUAUUGACAUGUUUCAUCGUAACAUCGAUGAAGACAGCAGUGUAAGAAUAUUACAGUCUUUUAAAGAUAAUGACAGUGAACUUAAAUGUUUGUUCUCUACUGUGGCAUUUGGGAUGGGAGUUCAAAUUCCAGAUGUGGAACUUGUAGUUCACUGGGGAGUUCCCAAGUCUGUGCUCUGUUAUUGGCAGGAAGUUGGAAGAGGAGGAAGGGAUGAAAGGGAUGCGUAUGCUAUAUGCUAUGCAUAUGGCAGGUCAUUGAUUAAGAAAAUCACGGACGAGAAGAUGAUAUCAGUUGCCAAGUCAUCUUUGCAGAAAAAUGCAUGCAUUCGAUAUUCUGUUCUGAAGAACAUGGAGAUAAAAGGAAUGGCAUUGUCUCACCUACAGGAAAAUGGUCAAAGUUGCAGUGGAAAUGAAGAUCAGUGCCUAGCUUCUAGGUGUUGCACUUUCUGUUCCUUGAAGUGCAGCUGUGGUAACCAAUCAAAAGUUGGAGAUGAGUUUGGUAUCCCAUGA